CCCGCGGGCCCCCGGCGCCGGGGCGUCCCGCCUGCCCGUGACCGAGAUGGCGGCCCCGGCCCCGGCGGCGCGGCGGGCGAGCGGCCCCGCCGGCAGCGCCCGGCGCGGCGGAUGGUGAUGUGGUAAAUGUAGCCAGGCUCUUCUGUACCAGGAGACAUUCUCCCCUGAGGAGCAGUCCCCUUUUGCUGGACAUGCUUACAGAACUGCACAGCCAUGGACCUCAAGGAGAAGUGUCAGGAUGAGAUGACCUCAAGUUUGGGCCUGACCACAAAGAAAGCCCUCACGAUCCUGAGAGACCAAUUGUCAGCACUGCUGGAGGGGCACCAGAAGGAACGGAAAAAAGGGACUUCAUGGAAGGAGGUGUGGAGGAGCAGUUUCCUGUACCAUGGUAACCGCUGCUCCUGCUUCCACUGGCCUGGUGCCUCUCUGAUGCUGCUGGCAGGGCUGCUGCUGCUGUGCUGCUAUGGGAGCCAGCCACAGGGGAGCCAAGGUGCUGAGAUAGUCAAUGCACUGGCACUGUUCCUCCUGCUCCUCUUGGAUCUCCUCAUGAUCGGGCGUCAGGAGAGGCUGAAGUGCAGAGAGGUGGAGAGGAGGCUUCAGACCAUCGUUGAGAAGAUAAACGAUACACUUGGCAAAGAGGUGAAAUGGCCAGACUCCAUGUACCCUGACCUUCACAUGCCUUAUGCCCCAUCCUGGUCCCUUCACUGGGCCUACAGGGAUGGGCAUCUUGUCAACCUGCCCGUGAGCCUCUUGGUGGAAGGAGAUGUUGUGGCUUUGAGGCCAGGCCAGGAAUCAUUUGCUUCUCUGAGAGGGAUUAAGGAUGAUGAGCACAUAGUUCUGGAGCCUGGAGAUCUAUUUCCACCCUUCUCACCCCCGCCCUCCCCGAGGGGAGAAGUGAAGAAGGGACCUCAGAAUCCUCAGCUCUAUCGUCUCUUCCGUGUGUUGAAGACCCCAAUAAUUGAUAAUGUCAGGUGGUGCCUGGAAAUGGCUCUGUCACGGCCUGUGACAGCCCUGGAUAAUGAGAGGUUCACUGUACAGUCAGUGAUGCUGAAAUAUGCUGUCCCUAUCGUGCUGGCUGGAUUCCUGAUCACCAAUGCCGUGCGCUUCAUUUUCCACGCUCCUGGAAUUGCCUCCUGGCAGUACACUCUUCUUCAGCUGCAGGUGAAUGGUGUCUUACCCAUCCUUCCAUUGCUCUUUCCUGUCCUGUGGGUUCUUGCUACAGCCUUUGGAGAAGCCAGAGUGUUGGCCCAGAUGAGCAAGGCCUCCUCCUCCUCACUGCUUGCUAAGUUUUCAGAGGACACUCUCAGCAGCUACACAGAGAUGGUAUCUUCUCAGGAAAUGAUCCGCUGUAUCUGGAGCCACUUCCUCUGUGUUGUAAAAGGCAAAUCCCCAACUCUGAGCUUCACUUCCAGCUUGCUCCACAGUCUGGGAUCUGUCACUGUGCUCUGCUGUGUAGACAAGCAGGGGAUUCUUUCCUGGCCAAACCCCAGCCCAGAGACUGUUCUGUUCUUCAGUGGGAAGGUGGAACCACCUCAUGACAGCCACGAAGACCUGACUGACGAGCUCUCCACAAGGUCCUUCUGCCAUCCUGAGAUGGAAGAUGAGCCCCAUGAAAGAGAUGCUUUGCUCUCUGGCCCCCUGGCAGACACAGUGCACAUGGCCAAUGAGCAGGAGAGGAACAACUGGUCUGGUGAUGCUCCAAAGGCUCCUGAAGCCUCUGCCCACCGAAAGCCAAGCAGCAGAAGCAAACAUCCCUCUGGAUCCAAUGUGAGCUUUAGCAAGGACACAGAGGGUGGAGAGGAGGAGCAUACUCAGGUCGUUGGGGACAGCGAGGUGUUGGCUUGUGAGGCUGAAGACUUUGUGUGUGACUACCACCUGGAGAUGCUCAGCCUGUCCCAGGACCAGCAGAACCCCUCCUGCAUCCAGUUUGAUGACUCCAACUGGCACAUGCACCUGAAUUCCCUCAAGCCCCUGGGCCUGAACGUGCUGCUCAACCUGUGCAACGCCGGCGUGACCGAGCGGCUGUGCCGCUUCUCCGACCACCUGUGCAACAUCGCCCUGCAGGAGACCCACAAUGCUGUGCUGCCUGUCCACGUGCCCUGGGGCCUCUGUGAGCUUGCCAGGCUGAUAGGUUUCACACCAGGUGCUAAAGAUCUCUUCAAGCAGGAGAACUAUUUGGCUUUGUACCGCCUGCCAAGUGAUGAGAUGGUGAAGGAAACCAUCCUGGGGAAGCUUUCAUCCAUCACCAAGAGGAGACCCCCCCUGAGCCACAUGAUUAACCUGUUUGUGAAGGACACCACUACCAGCACUGAGCAGAUGUUUUCUCAUGGGACAGCUGACAUCAUCCUUGAGGCCUGCACUGACUUUUGGGAUGGUACUGACAUCUACCCCCUCUCUGGCUCUGACAGGAAGAAGGUGCUGGAUUUCUACCAGCGAGCCUGCCUGUCAGGAUACUGCUCUGCCUUUGCCUACAAGCCCAUGCAGUGUGCCCUGUCCUCCCAGCUGAACGGGAAGUGCAUCGAGCUGGUGCAGGUGCCAGGGCAGAGCGCCAUCUUCACCUGCUGCGACCUCCCGGGCACCACGCCCAUCAAACAGAGCAGCCGCAGGAACAGCUGGAGCUCGGAUGAAGGGAUUGGGGAAGUGAUGGAGAAGGAGGACUGUAUCCAGGCUCUGAGUGGACAGAUCUUCAUGGGAAUGGUCUCAUCUCAGUAUCAGGCCCGCCUUGACAUUGUCCGCCUCAUUGAUGGAUUGGUCAAUGCCUGCAUUCGUUUUGUCUACUUCUCCCUGGAAGAUGAGCUCAAAAGCAAGGUGUUUGCUGAGAAAAUGGGUCUGGAGACUGGCUGGAAUUGCCACAUAUCCUUAACACCCAAUGGUGAUGUGCCUGGCUCAGAGAUCCCCCCAUCCAGCCCCAGCCAUGCUGGCUCCCUGCACGAUGACCUCCAUCAGGUUUCCCGAGAUGAUGUGGAGGGGCUUCUGCUGAUGGAGGAGGAAGGGCACUCGGAUCUCAUCAGCUUCCAGCCAACAGACAGUGACAUCCCCAGCUUCCUGGAGGACUGCAACAGGGCCAAACUCCCCCGGGGGAUCCACCAGGUGAGACCUCACCUCCAGAACAUUGACAACGUGCCUUUGCUGGUGCCCCUGUUCACAGACUGCACCCCAGAGACCAUGUGUGAGAUGAUCAAGAUCAUGCAGGAGUAUGGGGAGGUGACCUGCUGCCUGGGCAGCUCUGCCAACCUGCGGAACAGCUGCCUCUUCCUGCAGAGUGACAUCAGUAUAGCCCUGGACCCUCUGUACCCAUCCCGCUGCUCCUGGGAGACCUUUGGCUAUGCCACCAGCACCAGCCUGAGCAAUGGCUCUGAGGAGCUGACCCCUCUGCAGCUCUCAGGGCAGCUCAACAGCCUGCCCUGCUCCAUGUCCUUCCGCCAGGAGGAGAGCACCAGCAUCAUCAGGCUCAUAGAGCAGGCCCGGCACGCAACCUACGGCAUCCGCAAGUGUUUCCUCUUCCUGCUGCAGUGCCAGCUGACCUUGGUUGUCAUUCAGUUCCUCUCCUGCCUGGUGCAGCUGCCCCCCAUCCUCAGUACCACAGACAUCGUGUGGCUCUCCUGUUUCUGCUACCCCCUGCUCAGUAUCUCACUCCUGGGCAAGCCUCCCCACAGCUCCAUCAUGACCAUGGCAACAGGAAAAAACUUGACUUCCAUUCCCAAGAAGACUCAGCACUACUUCCUGCUCUGCUUCCUGCUGAAGUUCAGCCUGACCAUCUGCUCCUGCCUCAUCUGCUUUGGGUUCACCCUGCACGAGUCCUGCAGAGGGGUGAACACGACCAGCCUCAACCUCACAGCCUGCUCCUCCAUCAUGCUGCACAGCAAUGCUUAUGGUGCUCCUGACUGGUUUGGGACAUUUUCCAAUGCUCUCCUGGUAGCCCAGAAGCUCACAGCUGGCCUGAUUGUUUUGCACACAGUGUUCAUAUCCAUCACCCACGUGCAUCGCACCAAGCCCCUGUGGAAGAAGAGCCCCCUGUCCAACCGCUGGUGGACGCUCACUGUGGCUGUUGUAGUGCUGGGGCAAGUGGCACAAACUGUGCUGGACCUGAAACUCUGGGAAAACCUCAACUCUUCUUUGACCUUUAGCCACGUCUCCAUCUCUCCGGUCGCGUGGCUCCUGGGUUUUCUUUCCUUGGUCCUUGUGGUUAUCAUCAAUGAGAUUGUCAAGCUGCAUGAAAUCAGGGUCCGUGUCCGUUACCAAAAGAGGCAGAAGUUGCAGUUUGAAACCAAGUUGGGGAUGAAUUCGCCAUUUUAAAAGCACCCAGCUCAAGUUCCCUGGAGCCUGGAGGGCCAAACAGCCCCUGGGAGAGUGGCUGCACCAAAGGCUCAGGGAAUUUUCCAUCACACAUGCAAACCAGACAGCCUCCUGGCAAAACUACACCUGCACCUUCCCAGGGCCCAGGCAGGGAUCCCCCCACAGGUAUGCAGCCCCCUCCCAGCCUACCAGGUACCCUCACAGGAACCUGCAAGCUCUGGUGCCUGUUCAGGCUGCUCUUCCUUUAUUUAUUUAUUACUGGAGGUAUUUGUUAGUAUCAUGGCGAUGCUAAAAUGAAGCAGCUCCUCUCCUCUUUGUGAGCAGAUGGGUUUCCUGGGCCUGGCAGGAGAAUCUGGGACCAGUAGGGCUGCUGAAGCAGGAGAUCUCUAUUGAAUCCCGUUUUGGUUUCCCACUUCAGCCCGUUCUCCGUGUGUGCGUGCCUGUGCAUGCCCUCCCUGCGCUGUGUCGGGGCAAAGGAGCCCGUGCUGGGAGCUCUCAUUCCCGAGGGGACGGUGGGAACAGGCCAGCCCUGCCCUCUAGUGUCGCUGUCCCAGCCGUGUGCUGGCUGUGUCGGGAGCGGGAUGAGCCAGGGCUUUGGGCAAAGCCGCCUGUGAUCCGGUGCCGAGGGAGGGCAGCUCUGCCUGCCUGCAGGGAGCCAGCAUGGCUCAGCUUCUGCAGCCCUCUUGAGCCAGCUUUUAUGUUCUUUAACAGCCCCCAGAGAGGUUUUGUAGCUGUUCUCCUGUUUGUGAUCCGAGCUGCUGUUCUGCUUCAGUAAUGUGCCUGCUUGAGACAGGGGAUAAAGCCUGAGCCCUGACUGUCCUGCCUUAGAGGGAGGGGAUGUCUUUCCAGGCAGGAUAUCUGCAACUUGCAGUUGUGACUAAUACAGAGCUGGUGAAUGGCUCCUUUCCCAGUGCCUGGAUUGUGCUGCAGCCAGUUCUGGCUCCCCAAGGCACAGGGAACCCCGCCCAAUCAUGUCUGUGAUAGUGCUGGGAAGUCUCUCCCCUCUGUGCUGAUGCCUUCACACAGAACCACAGAAUGCUUUGGGUUGGAAGGGGCCUUAAAGCUUUAUCUUGUUCCACCCCCUGCCAUGGGCACCCUGCCAUGGGCAGGGACACCUUCCUCUCUCCCAGGGUGCUCCAAGCCCUGUCCAACCUGACCUUUAACAGUUCCAGGGAUGAGGCAGCCACAGCCUCCCUGGGCAACAUCUGCUCAGUGUUUUUCUGGAGGUCUCUUCGUUUGCCUGGAGGAACCCUCCCCUGAGGGCUCAGGCAAACCCUGAUCUGUCCCAGUGCAGCACACAAGCUCCUGAGCUCUGACCAGACCCCAUCUGUACUGGGAGCACUGGUCCUGCUGUGGGCUGACAGCCAAGGGCCACACAGGAGCACACAGGCUUGGCUACCAGGAUAUUUGCAGGUCAUGGAGACACUGACUCUAAUUCUAAACACUGACUAAAGCUGGUAAACCCUGGCCCUGGUUUUGGCCCCAACAUUUAACACUACAGUAUUUGGCUGUUACUUCCUCUUUGGUACCUGAGAUGAACAAGUGGCAGCUGAUCCCUCCUGGGCAGGCAGGGAGCUGGCUGGAACCCCCAGGCUCUGCCCUGCUGCUCCACCUUGUCUUCCUCACUUUUCAGCAUAACCAGAGAGCACAGACAUGGCUGAGUGUCUCUAAGCAAUACCCUCACCCUGCUGUGGGGCUGGCAGAGGAGCAGAGCUGGUACAGCCAAGCCUGAGCUCUGGGGACACACUGAGGGUGCUGGAGGGGGCAGCUGGGGCUGUUCCAAGCCCUGGACCCAGUUCCUGCAGCUGGGGGUGGAUGUGGAGAUGCCAUGCUGGCAGGAUGGCACAGGACAGGGAGGCAGCAGCGCCCUGGGGAAGCACAGGGCUCUCAGGCUCCUGCCCUGCACCACAGCAGCGUCUGCCCACCUUUGCCAGCCUGGCUGGACUGUGCCCUCACUGCCCUGGCACCUGCAGGGCUCGGGGAGAACAAGCUGCACCUUUCUCAGCCUCAAUUCACUGAAUGCCAGCUCCAGAUCUGUGACACCUGGCCCCUGAGAAAUGAGCUUUCCUUCCCUAUGCCAGGGUGGGAUCACAAGUGGGCUGUGAUCUCUGUGGCCAAGCUGAGCUGGAGUCAGAGCAGCACAGAGCUGCUCACUGCUGUCCCAGCUGUGCCCCCAGCCAACCCCAGCUCCUGUCCUGUGCCAUGAACUGCUGUAGGUGUUGAAAAGCAGCAGAUUCCAGGGCUUCCUGCUGGCCACACCUUCCUCUAGAGAAGGCACCUUCAAGAUUUUCUCCUCUGGGUGAUCACAAAUGUUUAUUUUCCUGCAUCCUCCUUCCCCAGCUAGAUUGGAGGGAGCUAAAGUGUAUGAAUGGAGCCUUUAGGAUGGUCUUGCCAGUGCCACCCUUCCCUCAGCCAUUGAAGUGUCUAAGGCUCAGAGUGCAUGGCUUCAGAAGGAAAUUUCCUACAUCAAGAUGUUUUUAAAUGCUGUAUAUUUUAUAUUAAAUUUUUUGGGAUGUAUGUAAAAAUAUUUCAUUUGUAUUAAAACCUGUAAAUUGUAUAAAAAAGAAAAAAAAAAAAAAAGAAACAAACCCAGACCCACAAGCAUCCAGUAUAUGAAUGGCAAUAAAUGAUUGUCUUGGAUAACACA